CUUGAGCAAAGUUGGGGGCUGGGACACAGGAAGUGAAGUUAGCUGAAGUUAAAACAGGAACCCAGAACGCACGGAAGUCUAGAAGCUGUUAAUAGCAUCAGGUGCUGGGACAAAAAGAAGCACGUUUGCCAGCAGGAGCUAGUGGGCCUUUUAAGAUGUGGAAAGCAGUCGUGGGACACGAUGUGUCGGUGAAGGUUGACGCUCAGGGAGACGACUGGGACACUGACCCCGAUUUUGUGAACGACAUCUCUGAGAAGGAGCAGCGCUGGGGGGCCAAGACCAUCGCGGGCUCUGGACGCGCCGAGCACAUCGACAUCCACCAGCUGAGGAGCAAGGUGUCAGAGGAACAUGAAGUCAUCAAGAAGAAGGAGCUGGAGACUGGCCCCAAGGCCUCCUAUGGCUAUGGGGGCAAAUUUGGAACAGAGCAGGACCGAAUGGAUAAGUGUGCCAUGGGCCAUGAGUAUGUCGCUGAUGUCGGGAAGCAUUCCUCACAGACAGAUGCAGCACAGGGCUUUGGUGGGAAGUUUGGAAUCCAGCGGGACCGGAUUGAUAAGUCAGCACUGGGUUUUGAAUACAAGGGUGAGGUGGAGAAGCAUGACUCUCAGAAAGACUAUGCCAAAGGAUUUGGAGGCCGCUACGGGGUCCAGAAGGACAGGGUAGAUAAGAGUGCUGCUGGCUUUAACGAGAUGGCAAGUCCAACUUCCUCAUAUGAGAAAACAAGACCAGUGGAGGCAGCUUCCAGCAGCACCAGCAGCCUGCGGUCAAGAUUUGAAAACCUGGCUAAAUUGGCAGACGAGGAGAGCAAAAGGCAGGCAGAAGAAGACCGGGUGAGGCGUCAAGCUCGGGAGUGCCAGGCAGCUCGGCAGAAGCAGGAAAUCCCACAGAGAGAGAAGGACCACAGAGAGACAGUUCCUGCCACUGUGACAGCAAGGGUCCCUGAGAGAGCUGUCCAAGACAGGCCUGUGUCACAAGGAGAGCAGGAGGCAAAAGGGGAGGAUGAGGAAACACCCCCCACUUUGCCACCAAGGCCAGCAGAUCUGGCUGAAGAGCUGUGCAAGUUUCCCAGCCAGGAUCAACCCAUCUACAGCGAGAGUUUGGAUGUCAGUGGAGACUAUGAGGAGCUGCUAGAGCACUCUGACUACUGUGAUGGCAUCAGUGCAAGUGCUGACUAUGAGGAACUGCCAGCACCCUUGGGAAAGCCAGAUACCAUCAUCAACCAUGGAGAAGACGGAGGUGAGGACUAUGAGGAGAUCCUUCCUGAGGCGUCCAGCCAGCCCUGUGUGGGGGAAAUGGACAAUGUUUAUGAGGUGGAGAGCCCUGGGACCUGUGCUGUGGCUCUCUAUGAUUACCAAGGAGAUGGAGAUGAUGAAAUUUCUUUUGAUCCUGAUGACACAAUCACACACAUCGAGAUGGUAGAUGAAGGCUGGUGGCGGGGUCAGUGCCGGGGAAAAGUAGGCCUCUUCCCAGCAAAUUAUGUGAAGCUUCUGCAGUGAGACCAGCAUUGUCCAAGCUGCCUUAUUCCAAACUUCUGCCUCUGUCUGCUUCAGCCUUCUACAUAUUGUUAGCUUAAUUUGGCUCAGCCUGGCAUGUCUACGUGCAAGAAGUACCAGUGAGCAAACUGGCAGUUUCUAACAAGAUGUUUGGCCUGUGCCCAAGAUGGAUUCUGAAUCACAAUAAGGCCAAGGUUGGAAGGGACCUUUGAAGAUCAUCUAGUCCAACCCCCCACAGAGCAGGAUCACCUGGAGCAUAUUGCGCAGGAUGGUAUCCAGGCGAGUUUUGAAUAUCUCCAGAGAAGGAGACUGCACAGCCUCUCUGGGCAACCUGUUCCAGUGUUGUCACCCUCACAGUAAAGAAGUGCUCCCUCAUAUUCAGCCAGAAUCUCCUGUGCCCACUGCCUCCCGUCCUAUUGCUGGGCACAACUGAAAAGAGACCAGCUUCAUCCUCUUGACACCCACACUCAGAUAUUUAUAUUCUGUUUCCCAUCCAGUCCUAUAUGGGACAGUUUUCAGAACAUGUGGAUGUGAUAUGACAUCUUUUCUGUCUAGACUGUCCCAUAUGUCAACUGGAAAGCUUGCAGGAGAAGUGUGUCCAUUUCUGUUUCAUCAGGGCGAUUCACAGCAAGAAAAAAUAACUAAUCUUGUCAGGGCUGAAGGGACAUUUUAUUUUUGAAUUGCCAUUUGUCACCUCUAUCUGACAGGCCUUCUUUCUUCAUAGGACUAAGUCCAGAAUACAGCUGUAGAAAAAGAGAUACUGCCCUGAGCUAUGGCCCUGGACUUCAUCCUACCCAGUUGUCAAGGGAAAACAGCACAGUGAAGGCUGAACUUGCCUUUUUUCCCGAGAAGUUUCCACUUGCAAGACACAGUAUGUUUGCAGUGCAGAGUAUAGAAAUGUGAGCUGGGGCUAUCUGGGCAGAUUCAGGGCUGGCACCUAGGAGCAGCUGAUCCUCACAGUGAACACUGCUGAGUUUGUCUGCAAACAAACAUAAGCUUCGAUGUAAUGAGCUGUUCCAUUAAACAAGACAAGUGUGUGUUGGUCGAUGAAUAUGAAGCAUAAUAUUGCUAAGGUAGUAGAUUACUUGUUUGUUUUUCCCCUGUGUGCCAAGAACAUUGUUGGGAGCUAUGUUAUUUCUGGGGUAAACUUUGAAAAAGGAAAUAUAAAAUUUAGAUUAUUUUCUGAGAACAAUGACUUAGGUAAAUAUGUCUUGGAGCAACAGAAAAAUACCAAAACGCUUCACUUAAUAAGGAAUAUGUUAACUGUUUUGGUCGCCAUCCAGGCAUUCCAGCAGAGGAAUGUUCUUCUAGGGAGAUCCUUUCCUUCUGGAAAAUGAAUCAGAAUAAGUGCUGCUGGAUACAGCCAAUGGUAUAUUUUUGAGUUCCAUUUUUCCUAUUAACAGUUCUGACAGUAUAAAUAAGCACACAUGUGCAGGAUAAACAGACUCACAGCUUUUCUCUAGCCUAAAGACUAGCAUGUUCUACAGUCAGUGAUAAAGGUGAGUUCCUCCAUCUAGUAUUUGGUUCAGCUUCCCUGUACUGGUGGGUGGUUUGCCUCUCUGUGCUGAAGUCAGGCCACCACUUCCUACCAUGGAAGUGAAAUAGUUAUUCCUCAUAGGUCCUUGCAGGCCUCACUAGUUAAGGACUAUUUGAAGCUAAUUAUCUCACCAGCCAGCAUGAUUUAAUUAACAAGGGAGUGAAUUAUUCAUGUACAGGCUAGGGGCAUCUUUUGUUGCUAUUUACCCUAUCCUGCUUCGCUGGCACAGGUUGGAAAAGAACAAGUUGCAUAACCUAAAGGUAUAUAAAUUCUGUAACUGCCUCAUUUGGACUAAGUUCAUGUGAGCAGAGUCUGUCCUUCUGCUGCACUGCACUAAUAAUAAACUGCUUCUGUUCUGACAUGAUCAAA